AUGAAGUUUAUUGGAUCCGUCAUGUUUCUGAGUGCUACGGCUCUCGCCCACCCAAGUGGUCUUUGGUGGGGUACUGAUUUCUGCUACCCAAGUCCAGAGAAUACAGACAACCAUUGCUCCGUGGCUCAGGAGUCUGGAUUCGACUGGUCUGAGUUGGCCAAUGGAGAUAACUGGAGUUAUGAGGGCUUCAGCUUCGAUGGAUUCGCGCCCAAGGAUGGCUGCCGUGCCUCAGGAGGCAAAUGUAUCGAGGGAAGAUUCUCCCGAGAGGACGACUGGGAGCUGCAGAUCGAUGCCCAGCAGGCUCCCUUCUCCGUUCGGAAAUUCCACAUCACCACGUCUCGAGAUGCGGAUCUCAUUUUGACCUAUCUUUUGGCGGAUGGCUCCACCUGCCACCAGUAUGCCUCGACCUCCCCCAUGGGAAGCGACAUUGUGAACGAGCAGUGUGGCGGUGCAGUUUCAGUCAUUUUCCAACUCUCUGUGCUGGAUCAGGUCGGUGAUGUGGAUCUGGAAUUGCAUCAGAUGGGCUUUGAUUGCGCUUCUGGACCGAAGCCUGCAGGCCCUCUGGUUGCUCCUCCGUCUACUUCGACGUCCACCAUAAUUGUACCCUCAACUUCAGUUGAAUCACACAAGCCCACAAUUUCAGUUGAAUCACACAAGCCCACAGUUCCAGUUGAAUCACACAAGCCCACAACCAGUGACGUGACAGUGUCUACUCACACCACUGAGCCCCCUAAGGUUACAGUCCCAGUUGUAUGGACUACCCAUGUUGUUACUGUGACUCAAUGCCCAUCUUCUGUGACUGAUUGCCCCGAGCAUGCCACUAUUUCCGAGUCUGUCAAGCAGCACCCGCAAACCACUGCUCCUCUGCCCGUUACUACAUCGGCUGUGCCAAGCUCGCCCAGUCCUCCUCCUUGCCCAGAUUUGGUGCCUAAGUGCUUGAACACGUGGCUCUCUGUCCCCAAGUGUACUUCCAACAGCGACGCUGCUUGCUUCUGUCCCUCGUCUGAAUUUACCGAUAAGUUCAACUCUUGCGUUCAUGCUUGGAGCAGCUCCCAGCAGCAGACCGAUUCUGCACUUGCAUACUUUGCCGGCAUUUGCGCUCCUUACGUUCCCAAGAACCCCGCAAUUAUUACUAUGGUUCCCACCAGCACAUCAUCGAACAGCGUUCCUGUUCAACAUGCCACCGGUGCUCCUUCACCUACAGGACCGAUUGCCUCGAUCACCUCGGCACAUGAGACUCCUUGCACGACUCUUACCUGGUCUUCCCACACCGUGACUGUCCCGCAAGUGGGCUUCAGUACCCACACGGAUGCAUCCACAACCGUUGUCAGCCUGGUGACUGGUAACCCAAUGAGCAAGUCUUCCACUUCACACCAUGCCCACACUUCCUGUACAUCGUCUUUCAAAACGACCACUGCUACUUCGCAUCCGACUUCCCCACCAAAGCCCACCUCUACUGUCGUUUUGUCCAAUGUCGGUUCCAAAGCCUUCUCGGGCAGUCUAUCGGCACUCGGGCUGGCCAUUUUGGCUCUUCUUUUGCAAUAG